UGAAAUAAUUAAAUACUGGACCACCACUACGACUACUGCUUGUAAAAAAAACCAACACUUUGUUGCUGGGAACGUUGCCGAGGGUGAGCGCUGCCAGUAGUAGCGCAGGACGCGUUCGCGCUGAGCUCAGCAGCGCUCCUCGGCCCUCUGCUGGUUGAGUUGUCCCUUUCUCCCUCCCUGGCCGCCGCCCCUCCGCCCCGCCUAGGGUCUGUUUUCUAUCCUUCCUCAGCUCCUCCUAUUCCCCCUCCACUGUAGUGCAAGGACGGUGAUCGGUCGGUGUUCCGGGCCCGCAGCGGGGUGGAGAAGCAACGAGGAGAGACCACCAUCAAGAAAAGAUUGUAUGCAAAACCAUGGAAAUGCAACGUCAGCCUGCAGCUUACGGAGCAUUCCCACUUCAAAGUCAGCCUAAUGCACCUGCACCUGUAAUUUGGAUGCCAGCACCACCUGCAAUUCCCAAAUGCCCUCCGGGACUAGAAUAUUUAAGCCAGCUUGAUCAUGUAUCAAUUCAAGAGCAGAUUGAGCUCAUGGAAAUGAUAAGUGGCUUUGAAACUUGCAACAGAUAUGAAAUAAAAAACUCUAUGGGGCAGAUGGUGUACUUUGCAGCUGAGGAAAACGACGAUUUCACCCUGAAUUGUUAUGGGCCAUUGCGGUCCUUCACUAUAAAGCUCUUUGACAGUGCAAGCCAGCCAGUCAUGCAACUGUCGAGAGAUUUCCAGUGUUCCUGUUGCUGCUGUCCUUGUGCUUGCGGCUUGCAAGAGCUUGAAGUUCAAGCCCCACUAGGCACAGUCAUUGGUUACGUUAAGCAGAAGUGGCAUCCCUGUCUGCCUAAAUUUGUUAUCCAAAAUGAGGCCAGAGAAGAUGUACUUAGAAUGGCUGGCCCAUGUGUGCCAUGCCGCUGUUUUGAGGAUGUUCAUUUUGAGGUGAAGGCACUGGAUGGGAAGUCUACAGUUGGAACAAUUUCCAAGCAGUGGACUGGCUUAGCAAGAGAGGCGGCUACAGAUGCUAGCAUCUUUGGAAUCCAGUUCCCACUGGACCUGGAUAUUAAAAUGAAAGCAAUUGUGAUUGGAGCUUCCAUCCUCCUGGAUUUUAUGUUUUUUGAACGCAGUGGAAACACGAAUAGAAGAAACCAGCGAACUGGGCUGCAUGGGAUACCUGGAGGUCACAGGAAUGUUCAUGGGAUACAUAGAGGUCGCAGGCGUUGACGCAGAACGAUUUUGCAGUAUGAAUAUGAAAAUCAUGGUGUCCCAAGGCUGUUUAUUAAACAAGUUACAGAUGCAACCUGUAGGAGGGAUUUUUGUUUUGUUUUGUUUUGAAAGUCGCUUAUUUCUGUAACUUACAAGUAUGCCUGUAGCCUUACACCCUCCAAGUCAUAAUAUUUGCUAUGUAACUCAAUAAAUUGAAAAAAUACCACUGUUUAAAAAAUAAUAUUUUCAUGCAGCAGGUAUAUCUCAGUAUAAAUAAUAAUAAAUAUGUAUGUAUAAAUGAGAUUAACCUGUGUUCAGGACCACCAGUUGAUAGUAGUAGAGGGGCAAAAUCCUGCCCUCCAUUUUUCUUCUCUGCUGCUGUUGAAAAGCCAAACUGAUAGCAGUCAAGGAAGUGACCAAAUUACAGCUGUUCAGGUUAGCUUUAAGUAUUUUCUUCUAUAUGACAGUGAUUAUUUUUGCCGUUAAAAAAACAACAAAUUUUAUAUUUCAGGUAUAACAAAGAAAAAUGUUAGCAAUAAUUUUGUGCUAAAUUGUUGUGUAACUAUUUUGUGCAGUUGUAAUCUUUUUGUAAGCCACAUUGAGCAUGCCAGUGGUCAUGCAUCUCGCUAACCUACUAAAUAACUAAUUUAAGUAAAUGAUAAUGAUGAUA